AUGCAGCGUCGGAAAUCUGGAACAGGAGAGCUCGCGCCCGGCCGAGCUUGGAGCCAAGCACAUCGGCAAUACCAUGAGCAUGCAUUCAAGCAGCAUCACAAGGACGGCAAGCUUCUUCAGCGACAGUGCGAGAAUCCGAAUCGCUUUAAUCGAGGGCGAAGUCAGGCGAUUGUCAAGUUUCACAAACAGAGCAGUACUCCCAAUCUCAAGUAUUUAGUCGCAGGAAAGACGCUGCCGAUCAACUCGCGCCCGCACAGCAUUCUUGAGCAGAGCAUGGUCGUCAGCACGAAGAGCAAGACUCAUUGCUCGCAAGUUCCCAUGAAACCAAAGACGAGGCCGAAAUCUAGACAAUUAGAAUCCGUCAAGGACAAAGUAAAAAGCCACCAAAAGAGUACCAAAGCAUCCCAGCAGAAACAGAUUAAGAAACAAAUCUCCUUCCCUGGCUUUCCCUGGACGACGCAGAAGGCGGAGGACUGGGCCACGCCGCCGCAAGUGGUGUUUUUGGAAGGGCCGCGAAGAGCCAAAUCGGAAAUGAAGAACCACAUUUUCACUCCGCCGACGCGGCGACCCUCUACGACUGUUUACCAGAAACCCAUACAGCCUAGUAAGUCGAGGGCGGCUAAAGUCGAAGACUGGUUGAAUCGGAACACCUUCCAAUGCCGCGAGUCCAAGCUCGACCUUCGUCACGCCUGGUCCGAGAAGAUCUAA